CGACGACGGGACAAUUUGGGUUUUUAGAAAUCCCCAGGACAGUUUGGGCCUGACAUUCGCGGCUGUGGAGGUGCUGCUGUCGGUGUACAAGUCUGUGGUGGACCGAGGAAAAUUGGUAACUUGCAAUUAGAUAACAGGUCAGGUUGAUAUAAUUUUUGUAGGAUUCAUACAGCAAUUUGACUCCAACUAUCUUGGAUUUAAAGCAUUUCAUAACUGAGUUUGAAGACGCUUAGGACAGGUGUGAUCGAGUGGGAAAACGUGAACUGCCCCAAACAAACACUGAAACAAAAACAUGGAAGAAGAAAAACUGCGGGUGGACCGGUACUCCCGUGAGACCAAAAUGGCGUCCGACAAACAUGGGGACCAAAAUCCAACUAUCGACACACCUUCAGAGGCAGACUCUGGUCGUGGAACAUCAGUUGCUGACGCCGCGACACCCGACAGAGAAGCCCGCAUGCCGAUAGAAGAAUCUUCGCUCCCAAAAGGCCCCAACACCGAGUUCGCCAUAAAACAGGAAUCAGAGGGAAGCCGUCCCCUUCUGUAUAAACAUCUUCGUCAUGAUGGUGAACCGACAGCAACUGGGGAUCAGCAACAGAAUUUCGAGGGAGGAGACACUUUGUCUAGGUUCCACUUGGAAGAACUACUGCCUGGUAACCAAGUUCUACAGGCAGCCUCCUCUGUGCCACAAAAGGGCGCCGAUUCAGUUACAGCCGCAGGGAAGACGUCCCGAAAGAGGUGUUGGAAGAAACGAAGAAGAGGGGAGAAGGAAAGUCAGCUCCUGUAAGAGUAUUUUGGUCUACCGUGUCCAAUCAUCUCCGCGAGUUCGAAGAAGUUGGGGAUUGUAACCUCCUUCCCCUCCAGAAUGGAGUUCUCAUCACGAGCUCAGAAGUAACCUCCCAGGACCUAACAGGACCCACAGUUCAACUUAAAUUUGAGGAGAGUAGGCGAGGCACUGUCCUGUUAUAUGCUGCAGUGUCCCAAGAUAAGGCCAUUAGCUAUGGGCCAUCAGCAAGUAAUCAGGAUGGGAAAUUCAUGACGCUCACAAAGCUAGGUGAAGGUUCGGAGGGUGAAGUGUACAUUGCCAUCGAUCUAAAAGACAAGAAUUUGUUUGCAGUCAAAAAAGUGUCACUACAGAAAUUUGGCAAAACAAAUCCAGCAGCCUUCCUGCAGCUGACCGACUGUCCUCAGGUCUGCAAGCCGUUUGGCCUCAUCCUGGAUGAGGAAGGGGAAUGUGUGUAUUUCCUCAUGGAGAGACUGCGAGGAAAGACUCUGAAGCUUUUGCUGAACAGUGGAGAUGAGAUACCCAUAACCACAGCAGUUGGUAUCUGUAUUGAGAUCAUGAAAGCACUGUCAUACAUACACAGCAAAGGAAUGGUGCAUCGUGAUGUGAAAGAAGACAAUGUGAUGAGUAAAGGCACAAAUGCCACGGUGCUUGACAUUACGGGUGUCAGGAAGGCUGAUAAGUACAGCCAGUUUGCCCAAGACACAGUGAUGGCAGUCAAUCUCCUGAAUGAGAUGCUUCUGCCCCCUGACUCUAGAUCUGAGGGGGCUGUUUGGACACCCUCAGACGAAGACCAAAAAAAAUACCCCAAGGAAGCUCUUCAAGAUUUGAAAAAGAUCAUGGAGAUACAAAUGAAAGCGGUCCCUUCAAUGGAUCAUGCUACAGUGGAGAAACUCCUGGAGGAUCUACAGUCAAUUUCACGGAGACUCAGUGGGGCAACAAAUGUUGCUCAGUACCAGGGAGCUACAUGUAGUAGCAGUGAUGCGGAUCCUGCACAAGGCAUGACUCAACAGGGAAGCACUUCAUCUUCUUUUGACAGCAAGGGUAUACCGUCGCCUUUUUUUGAUAAAGAUGAGCUGAUGAAAAAGAUGGAAGCACUCCAGGCAGAAAAGGAUAACUGCAGCAGGGAAUUGGUUGAGGCACAGAAGAAGAUAAAGGACCAGGAAGAGCAAAUGCAACAGAUGGAGAAAGAACACAAGGAUGAUUUCACUCGUGUGAACAAGAAAAGGAUGGAAUUAAAAUUAAAAGUCAAACUCCUUCAAGAUGAGAGGCUGAUGACUGAGCUGGAAAACUUGAAGUGGAAAGCACAAGCUCAGCACCUUGAGGUUGAGAAUCAAGAAAUGAUGAUGGAGUUGGACAUGUUAUUACUAAAGGACAAAAAGCUAAAGGAUGAGCUGGAUGCUCUCAAGGCUAAGAUGAAGAAGAUGCAGGACGAGGAUGCCAGGGCUGAGGAAUGAACUGGAAGGUUAGGAGCUCUCGGAGUCAUCAAGAAUCCAACAAGAGAGAGAGAGAGAGCGCCGCUAGAGGCAUGAUUGAAUCACUGACAGGCUGAUGAAAUGUUUCUGUCACACUAUAUAUUAAGUGUAUACGACUUCUGAGUCUGAUUAUGUCAGUUAAAGAAAGAUCUUUGUAUGUACAAUGUAUUAUUAUUACAAUUUAUUUAUUAUAGCAACCUUCCAUGUCAAGGGUUGAUUGUAGCACUCUGGUGUUAUGGCCAUGGGCACAGCAUCUUGUGUGCAAUGCAUGGCUAAUCUCAAUUUAAUUCUUCCUUUAAGUUGGCAGUAUGGUCGUUAUGUUAUGACAAAGGAAGGUGGAGAUAUCCCAGGAUCAGUGUUCAACAAAUGAAUACAUUUUGUACACAUUGUAUGAUGUUAGAUGAUAUCAUUUUAAUAUACAGAGUAAUGGUUGUAGAGUAUUAGAUAAUAGACAAAGGAAUCCACUACAUGACAAUAAUAUGAUCUGUCCUUAAAAAGGAUGAGUAGAAUGAAGUAACUUUAUUAUACAGUCAUGACAUUCCCUGCCAAAGACUUGCACAUUUGUACAAGCCUGUACUGCCUGGCUUACACAGCUCAAGGUCAUGAA